UAUCCGAAUCUAAAACCCAUGAGUUGCAAAAAGGCGAAUCCAAGAAGAAGAAAAAGUGUGUUUAAAAAAAGCUUCCAUAAAACCCUCCAAAGUGCUUAUAAAGAAAGCACAAGCUUUCCCAUUUUGCUCCCCUUCUUCUUCAUCUUCAUUAGAUUUCCUCUGUUUCUCAACCUCCCCAAAACAUGAUCACAUUAUCCGAUUUCUACCAUGUCAUGACCGCCGUCGUACCGCUCUACGUCGCGAUGAUAUUGGCCUACGGCUCCGUCAAAUGGUGGAAGAUCUUCACCCCCGAUCAAUGCUCCGGCAUCAACCGCUUCGUCGCCCUCUUCGCCGUCCCCCUCCUUUCCUUCCACUUCAUCGCCUCCAACAACCCCUACACCAUGAACUUCCGCUUCAUCGCCGCCGACACUCUCCAAAAAAUCAUCGUCCUGGCAGUCCUUGCUGUAUGGACAAAGGUGAGCCGCAGAGGGUGUUUGGAGUGGACAAUUACUCUGUUUUCACUGUCGACUCUGCCCAAUACUCUGGUCAUGGGAAUUCCGUUACUCAAAGGAAUGUACGGCGAAUUUUCCGGCAGCUUAAUGGUUCAAAUUGUGGUGCUUCAGUGCAUAAUUUGGUACACUUUGAUGUUAUUUAUGUUCGAAUUUAGAGGGGCGAGGAAUUUGAUUUCCGAGCAAUUUCCCGACGCGGCGGCGUCGAUUGUCUCCAUCCAUGUCGAAUCCGACGUCGUUUCGUUGGACGGCCGGCAGGCGUUGGAGACGGAGGCGGAGAUUAAAGACGACGGAAAACUUCACGUCACCGUUAGAAGGUCCAACGCCUCGCGGUCGGAUAUUUUCUCCCGCCGGUCACAGGGGCUGUCGUCGGCGACUCCCCGGCCGUCGAAUCUCACCAACGCCGAGAUUUAUUCGUUGCAGUCAUCGAGAAAUCCGACGCCGAGAGGUUCCAGUUUCAACCACACCGAUUUCUACUCCCAUUUCGGCGCCGGCCCGGACGUCUACGGGCAGGCCACGGCGGCGUCGAGGGGGCCGACGCCGCGGCCGUCGAAUUACGAAGAGGAACAGCACGGCGGCGGAGGGAAGAGUACGACGGCGAGGUUUCAUUACCAUGGGAAUCCGGCGCCGGCGCCGGUGACGCCGCAUUACCCUGCUCCGAACCCAGGAAUGUUUUCGCCGACUGGUUCGAAAAACUUCAUCGCGGGGAAAAGAACAGCAAAUGGGCAAGCUGCGCAACACAAAUCCGACGAAGGUAACAAUAAAGAUCUGCACAUGUUCGUAUGGAGUUCGAGCGCUUCUCCGGUGUCAGACGUAUUUGGAAGCCGCGAUUAUGGGGGAGCUGAAAGCCAUGACCAAAAAGAAGUGAAAUUAGUGGUUUCUCCUCGGAAAGAUGGGGAGAGAGAAGAGUUCAGCUUUGGAAACAGAGGGAUGAACAGCAGCAGCAGCAACCACAACCGUCAUGAAAUGGGAGCUGCAGAUCAGAAGGGAUCAUCGGAAAAUAACGGGGCGGCUUCGAAGACGAUGCCGCCGGCGAGUGUGAUGACGAGGCUGAUUCUGAUAAUGGUGUGGAGAAAACUCAUCAGAAAUCCCAAUACUUAUUCCAGCUUGGUUGGCCUCACUUGGUCCCUUGUUUCCUUCAGGUGGCAUGUUGAGAUGCCUGCCAUUGUAGCACAAUCCAUCUCCAUUCUUUCUGAUGCUGGGCUCGGUAUGGCUAUGUUCAGUCUCGGUAUAUUCAUGGCUUUGCAACCAAGGAUCAUAGCAUGUGGAAAUUCCAUAGCAACUUUUGCGAUGGCAGUCAGAUUCCUUACAGGCCCAGCCGUUAUGGCAGCUGCUUCAAUCGCGGUUGGCCUCAGAGGUGUUCUCUUACAUGUUGCUAUUGUUCAGGCAGCUCUGCCGCAAGGGAUCGUGCCAUUUGUAUUUGCAAAGGAAUACAACGUGCACCCAGACAUUUUAAGUACAGCAGUGAUAUUCGGGAUGUUGAUUGCGCUCCCCAUAACACUGGUGUACUAUAUUUUGUUGGGGCUUUGAAAUUUCCAUAGACAUGAUCAGAGAAUUGGAGUUGAUUUAUAAAAAAUGCAAAAUGAAAGAGCCAAGACACCACAGAGGAAGAUAACUAUAUUAUUAACCAAAGAAGAGAGAGUGGGAAAAAGGAUUAAGAGAUGGAUUUUUUUUUUCUUCUCCAUGAAGUUGCAUUUUCUAGUAAAGUUGUAUAAUCAAGUUUGUAGCAAAA